AUGUGCCUUCUCGGGGCCUCCGACUUCGGGAUGGCCCCCAACGGCAAGUCCUACGGCUGUGCGAUCAGGGCCUGCACCGCGGUCCGCAGGGACAAGGCAGCGCUCACCCUGUUCGACUGCAUGGAGAAGGAGGGCAUCAAUCCGAACCGUUUCGCCUACCACGACGCGAUCCUGAGCUGCGUGAGGCUCAGGAAGCUGACGAAGGCCAGGAGUCUCUACGAGAACAUGCAGAGGGAUGGCGUGCCCCCGUGCGACAACACCCUCGGCCUCCUGAUCCGCACGUGCACGGCCAGGGGCCUGCACAAGGAGGCGGAGGGCCUCGUCCGCGACUUCUCCCGCGCGAAGUCCGCGGAGCAGGGCGGGCCACUCCACGGGGGCCCCGCGGAGCUGGGGUGUGUCCUCGCCGCGCGGGCGGCGUCCUCGUGA